AUGAACGCCGAAUUCCACGCCACGAGACCUGUCUCCCUCUUCACAAACAAGAUGUCUUCGACUACCAAUCACACUUCGAGCGAAACUGCUCCGCCGCCGUACUCCCCAUCCGACACGGCCUCCCUCGCCUCGACGAGCUCGAAAUCAGCACUCCUCAAGCAAUUGCUUCAUAAGAAACCAUCGGAAGGCUCAACGCCCAAGCAAGCGAAGAACAAGAGCAAAAAGGAGCAGCGGCCGCAACAGGAACAUCAGCACUAUGACAGAGAGACGUUUUGGGCGGCGGCGGCGGUGUGGGCGUCGAUGCGGUAA